GGAAAACAAGAGAUCUCUCCAGAUGAUGUCAGGAAAGCAUUUCAAGGCUCACGAAGUGAGCUGCUGCAUCAAGUACUUCAUCUUCGGAUUCAACAUCAUAUUCUGGUUCCUGGGAGUGGCAUUCCUUGGCAUUGGGUUGUGGGCAUGGAGCGAGAAGGGUGUUCUCUCUAACAUCUCAUCCAUCACAGAUCUGGGGGGUUUUGACCCCGUCUGGCUUUUCCUUGUGGUGGGUGGUGUGAUGUUCAUCCUCGGAUUCGCUGGUUGCAUCGGAGCGCUGCGUGAAAACUCUUUCCUGCUCAAGUUUUUUUCUGUGUUCCUGGGCAUCAUCUUCUUCCUGGAGCUGACUGCAGGAGUCCUGGCCUUUGUCUUCAAAGAUUGGAUCAAGGACCAGCUCAACUUUUUCAUUAACAACAACAUUCGGGCAUACAGGGACGACAUUGACCUGCAGAACCUGAUAGACUUCACCCAGGAAUAUUGGGAGUGCUGUGGAGCUUUUGGAGCUGAUGACUGGAAUUUGAACAUCUACUUCAACUGCACCGAUUCGAACCCGAGUCGAGAGAAAUGUGGGGUGCCCUUCUCUUGCUGCACCAAAGAUCCAGCGGAGGACGUCAUCAACACUCAGUGUGGAUACGACAUCCGAGCAAAAACGGACUCUGAGCAGCGGACUUUCAUCUAUAUCAAAGGCUGCGUCCCUCAGUUUGAGAAGUGGCUUCAAGACAACCUGACAGUGGUGGCGGGCAUCUUUAUUGGGAUCGCAUUACUACAGAUUUUUGGCAUCUGUUUAGCACAGAAUCUCGUGAGUGACAUUGAAGCUGUGAGAGAGAGUUGUUUGUUUACGUAAGACCUCCAGAGAGUCACCAAAGGCAAGGAGGAUGUACCAGGACUCUGAAGUUUGGGCACCAGCAAUGAAGGGAAAUAAAUUAAUCAGCUAAUGUGUCCAGAGUAAAGAAUUCUCAUUCCGAUGUACAUAAUAAAUUUAGAGUUAUUUUUAGGGUUAUUUGUGGCCCUAUUCCUGAAUGAAGUAUGUACUGUAGCUCUCAUACAGUACAAGCGAAACAAAUGCAGUAUAGGCAGGUAUGAUGGUAAAGCGGCUCUCAAGAAGCCUGUAAUGAUGGAGGAGGGGGUCAUAAUUUAUAAACAGGAGCCAUGAAGGUAGAUUUGUUGUUUUCUCUGAGGUAGCACUUCAUUUAUAAAAGAGCCCCAGUUUCAUAUGUCUCACAGCUGCAGUUUUUAACAUUUCAUGUGAGGGUUGUGUAAAAAGCUGAAGUGAUUCUGGAAAUGCACUGCAUGCCUAUUGUCUACUGAUAGGACAUUGGCUUUCCUAAAUGUAUUUCACUAAUGUUAAGUAUUUUCAAAUAUUUGUAAAAUAGUCACCAGUUUAGAGUGAAAUCAGCUGGUUAGCACUUUGUUGAAUGUUUAAUGAGAUCUACUUAAAGCUAUGGAGAAUUAACUUCAAAUUAUUUCCAUAUGUGAGAUGAUCACACAUAUAUCAUACAGAUAAAUGCAGUUUGUGAGCAGAGAUUUGUGGGGCUGAGGUGGAUAUAGUUUUAGCAUCAUGAAGGAAAAUCAUGGAUGGAAUAGGUUUUUUAAGUUGCAGUUAGUAUGAUUUGGGCAGUAACAUAAAAUAAAUCUCCAAAUAUACGGAAAUAAGCCAGAAGGUCUGGCGUGUAAAUAAAAACAAAUUCAGCCUUAAGCACUUUAAUCUUCAUUUGAGAGUGAUGAAGCUCAUUGCAGCCGCUCGGCUUUUGCCACGAUUAACUGUUAUUUUAGUCGAGCAGCAGCCACUUGAGGGGGCACUUUACUUAAAAAAAGAGAGAAAAAAAAAAAGAACAACUUACAAAUUGCAUUUGCAACUUCAUGGUGCUCCAUAGCUGUAAGAUUCCUCCUGAGUUGGUCUAAAAUCAGCCUGACAAAACAAAUGUGUCAGCACAUUUUAAGUGUUGUGCCGUUCCUUGCACAUUACCUUUAUCUUUACUGUCAGUCUGUUCGUUCAUCCAUUCAUUUUUUUAAUGUGUUUCUUUGAUGAAAUCUGCCUAAUUGAUGAUAUACCUUUUGUUAGUUGCGAGCGAUUUUCCUGUUUUGCUCUCUGAGUUUUCUCUUGAAAAUUAGGAUACAAGCUGUUUUCAAGGCUCAUAAUAAUGAAUGGCAUGCUGAUACCUCUUGGUGGCAAUUCACUGAACAUAGAAGUAAUUCAUAGCCUACAUACAUAUUGUACUUGAAAUCAGAGCACAGAGGCUCUCUCACCAGCAUUAUUUUUAAUGCAAACUUGGAAACUAAGAUACAGUUUAUAUGUUUUUUUAUUUCUAGACAUUAACUGGACACACAUACUUUACAUUCAACCUUCAAUAGAACAGCAAAGCAUGGAAGUAAAAGCAGCCAUUUCAUUUAGAGUCGCAGUGAACCUGCAGCAGGUUACACAUGGCUUUUCCUUUGCCUCGAAGAACUGAGUUCUUCAAUGUUUACACAAAGGAUGUUAAACAAUAUACGUCUGCAAUUUGAAAUCUUAUGAUAAAUGUAUAAAUUGGCCACGGUGUCAAAUAUCCUUUUUUUUUCCCCCAGUGAAAGCUUGUUGAUGAUUGUUGGUGUUUACUGAUCACACUCGUUCUUACCACUCAGUGCCAUACUUGUAAUUACUUCAUACUCCUGAUUACAACUUUACUUUUGUUUCAUGUGUACACCUGAUUCGUGUAAAUAACUGGAUUGUGACAGGUUGUAAAUAUAUAUCUUAAUAAAUGUGUUUCUUUGUA